UUGCCUAUAAAUGAGCUCCCUCUCUCCUGUGUCUGGCACAAUCUCAAACCAUGGCUAGAGCUUCAACCGGUUCUUCCUCUUCUGCUCUGGUCUCUAAACUUCUGAUAUCGUCUCUACUGUUGGGUUGCUAUUGUUUGGUGUCUGAGGCACAGACCACUCCUCCCUUGGUGAAGGGACUGUCAUGGACCUUCUACAAAACUAGCUGCCCCAAGCUGGAGAACAUUAUCAGGAACAGACUCAAGAAGGUCUUCAAGAAAGACAUCGGCCAAGCUGCAGGCUUGCUUCGUCUUCACUUCCAUGACUGUUUUGUUCAGGGAUGUGAUGGGUCGGUUUUGCUGGAUGGAUCAGCCAGUGGCCCUAGCGAGAAGGACGCGCCACCCAACUUGAGCCUACGCGCUGAGGCAUUCCGUAUCAUCAACGACCUCCGUGCCCGCGUCCACAAGGAGUGCGGACGCGUCGUCUCCUGUGCCGAUAUUACUGCCAUUGCUGCUCGUGACUCCGUUUUCCUCUCUGGAGGUCCCAAUUACAGAGUUCCACUGGGAAGGCGUGAUGGGCUCAGCUUUGCCACCAGGGAGGCUACUCUAGCUAACCUUCCAGCUCCAUCUAGCAACACCAGCGCCCUUCUGACCUCAUUAGCCACCAAGAACCUUGAUGCCACCGAUGUCGUGGCUCUUUCCGGCGGCCACACCAUCGGCAUUGGCCACUGCACCUCCUUCACCUCUCGCCUCUACCCUUCUCAGGACUCCACCAUGAACAAGUACUUCGCCAGUCAACUCAAGCUCACUUGCCCCACGGCGACGACCGACAACACCACCAACUUGGACAUCCGGACACCUAACGUGUUCGAUAACAAGUACUAUGUCGAUCUCAUGAACCGGCAAGGGCUAUUCACGUCGGACCAGGAUCUGUACACCGACAAGAGGACCCGGCCGAUUGUUACCAGCUUUGCGGUGAACCAGACGCUGUUCUUUGAGAAGUUUGUGUACUCUAUGCUUAAGAUGGGUCAGUUGAGUGUUUUGACGGGGACUCAAGGCGAGAUCCGUGCAAACUGCUCGGCUCCCAACUCUGCUACCACAUACCUGUCAUCCAUCGCCGACGAGGAAGAAGGGACAAGCGCAGCGUUCUAAGGAUGUUGAUGUUGUAUAAUGUGAGCAAAGUGCAUAGAAGUGUUGUGUUGCGUUGUGUGUGGUUUGUGUAUGAAUGAAUGAAUGGUUACUCCUCUCUUUAUGUUUCA